UCGGGGCCUCAGCCACCUUCAUCUACACGUUUCACUGAGAUCGCACAUCCAAUGGAUUCGCAAGCACACAGCAGCUCUCCUGAUGUCAAAGUCAGUUGGGGCACGUCAAUCCACCAUGAACUAUCUCCCAUACCGUCUCGAGACCAGUCUUCUGUGGAGGCAGAGGCAUCAGAGACGUCAGAUGCAUCGGAGGGCGUCCGCUGGUCUCCUGCGGAGCCUGGCCAGUGGCGCGGCGUCGGCAGUUCCGCUGGAGUGGUCACCCCGGAGGACGGGGGCAGAUGUCGGCACGGGGUCACCGUCACCGCUCCCUCGCCGUGUCACACCGUACCAGACCGGGCAGCAGCGGCGGCACUAUUCGAAGCGUGCGAUGAGUCGGGAGCCGGCGAGCUGCCGGCUGGACGGCUGCUGCGCCUCGUGCGGGAACAGCUACCCGACGUCUGCCGAGAGUGGCUGCAGGCAGUGGCCCAGUCGCUGACAGCGGACGGCGAGGACGGCCCCGUCACCGCCGACAUGUUCAGGGACGCCGUCAGCACCGCCAACAGCACGCUCGCCCAGCUGAUGCAGCCCGGCGCAGUUCCGGACACCACCCCGCCGUCUCCAUCCCCCCAGUCGGGAGCCGGCGGCCGGCUGCACGCUGCGGGACGGUUCAGUUUGGGGAGCCGCGCCUCCUCCCUGGGGAUCCUCCACAGCUCCCAGGUGCUGGACACCAGCAGCUGCAGCAGCUACGAGGGAGUCGGCCAGCAGAUGUCACCAGUGGACGUGCCGGCGCUGGAGGGAACCAUCGCGCAGCUGCAGCACUCGAGUCGCGCCCUGCAGGAGGAGCGGGACCAGCUGCAGCAGCAGCUGCAGCAGCUGGAGGAGACCAACCAGCAGCUGGCUGCCGAGCUGGCACGGAUGGCUGACAAAAACGACAGUAUGUCGGCCGAGCUACGCCGGAUCCCUUCACUCCGUCAGGAGACAGAGCGACUCCAGGCAGCGCUGGAGGCGGAGCUCCGCCAGCGAGCGAUCCAGCGCGAUCAGGCGGCGCACCAGGAGCGCCUGAUCGCCGCCCAGCAGGAGGAGAUGGAACUGCUGGCCACCAGGCUGAGCACUGCUGAACUAGAGGCGGUGCGGGCCGCCGGCCGCGAGGAUGAGCUUCACACCAGCCUGGGAGACGCCCUGCGGGAGACCGACGCCCUGCGACAUGAUCUGAGGGACAGGGAUGAGCGGAACGCCGCCUCCCAGGCCACCAUAGCGGCCCUGCACUCGACCAUCAGAGAGAUGAGGGAUACCUCGCUGGCUCUUCAGGACGAGAAGUCGCGCACUUCCCACGAGCUCAGUAAGGUGCGGAAACAGCUGCAGACUCUGCGGCUGAACUCACCGGCCGGCGGAGACGCGUCCCACUCGGGCCCCGCAUCGCUGGCCGUCAACAACGGCUCCAUACACGAUGAAAUUAUCAACACGAUUCAGACCACCGGUGACGGCGACCCCAUCCUGCCACUGUCCGGCAUCGCUUCUCCCGAGCUGGUGCACGCCAUUUUCGCCAGUCCGCUCAACCUGCACUUCAAGUCGGUUCCGCGCCGCCUGCGGAUGGCCAGCACGCCUCAGUCGGGCCACCGGCGGGCAGAGAGCGAGCUGAGAGAGAGUGAGGAGGAGCGAUCCCCUCUGACCGGGGUGGACGAGUCGGCGGAGCUGGACGACCAGUUCUCUUCGGCUGCGUCAGAAUCGAACGACUCUUCAGCGGUGUAUCGCAGCCGGCCGACCUCUGUCUUAGAAGCGGCCGUCCAGACUGAACCCGAGACACUGGAGGACAAACCCUCUGAGGAUCCACCGAGCCCCAUCCGAGAGGAGGCGGGCACUCAGACGGAGGCGGAGCCCGAGUCCUCACCUGAGGAGAAGGCGCGAUCUGUGAGACUCUGGAGCACACAGAGGGUUCCCAGCUGGCCGUGCACCGACACCACCUGUGCUGCCACCUCUGGAGCAAACCAGGCCGGCGAGGACUCAAAGUCGCCGUCGGCCGAGGAGCGCCGCUCGCUGUGGGCCUCGCCACAGAAGAUCGACGGUUCUCAGCCGCCGCUGCUGCACCAACUCGCGGACUUGUACCCGAAACAGGAGGCCAUGUUCAACGGUGGGGGCAGCUUCACUGGAGCUAACAGCGCCGGGAUGAAACGCACCCACUCAGAUGGCGCUCUGAGCGCCCCCCUGCGGACCCGUUUCUGCAGUAUGCCGACCGUGGAGGAAGUGCCCGACGACCCCGACGCAGACAUACCGCAGCAUCUGCCGUUGCGAGCGUCCUUCAGUCUGCCGUGCGACCGAACGAAGUGGGCAUCUUCCCGUCUCUGACCGAGCACAUGCUGGCCGACCUGCACUUUCACGCCGACGAGAAUGCUAACACCACGAACGAAAAGGACUUGGAGAGCAAGUUCAGUUCUCUGGCGCUGGCGUUCAAGACGGACCGGCUAACAGUGCACGAGAGACUGGACGUGCAGCGACGCCACCGGGACCAGGCCGAACAGAACCUCG